CACUUAGCAUCUAUAACAUAAGAGCACAGGCAGUCCCCGCAGACAAGAACGGCCUUCCUAAGAUGUCAUUCUGUGAACCCCCAAAGGAACCAAGUAGGAACCUCACCGAGGCGACCUUGCCAUUCUCGUAUCCCACUAGCAGAACACAGAAUGUGGCGAUAGGGAUCCUGAUAGCCUUUCCGGCUCUGGCGUUUCUAACAGUAGGUACAAGAGUUGCUGGCACGCUUUCAUCCCGGCGGUUUGGAUGUGGUAAGUGGCCGCCCCUGCAUGGAACAUCUGCGGCGGCACAGCUUGCUGACACGUCGAUAUAGACGAUGGCUUGGUUUGUAUAGCAAUGGUGUGAACUGCCUUUGGCAACAGACUGCUUGAGUCCGAAUUGCUCACGAUGAACAGGUCCUGUCAAUACUUGAGACAAUAGCGAGCUAUAUGUGUAAGUCU